AAGAUGCGGAUACCUCCACGAACUAAUCCACCAUCAUCGCGAUGGUCUUCAAACCCUUCAAACCUCCUCUAAUGAGGAAACCCACAGUCCCGUCCACGACAGACACAACAGACGGACCAGCGGAUCCCGCCCCUCCCCCCUCGAAGAAACCGCGUCUGAGCGACGAGCACAAGCAACCUGCCACCGAAACGAGCAGGAAGCCGUUGGUGCAGGUGCGGAAUGUGCGUGAGCAUCACCACGACUACCCGGUGAAAGACAAGAACAAGGAGAAGGACAACUCGGUGGAUUUGACAGAUGAUAGAUAUUUCAACGCUUUGUGGCGCAAACCGACGACGAAGAAGAAUAAGACGUGGGAUGGGGACGGCGUGCUUUCUGCGCGUGAUGGGUAUGUUUAUUUGCAGGAUGUUUCUGGGAAGGAGAUGGGAAGGGCGAUGAUUGGGGCGAGGCUUGAGCAGGGUGUUAUGUUGUCCAUUGGGGGGAAGGAGGUUGAGGUCGAUGAGGAGAUUCCGAGGGAGGAGUAUCUUUCUGGGAAGAGGUUUUUGGGGGGGAGGGAGGCGAAGCCUUCUCCCUCGGUAUCGUCGUCGACGUCUCUGGUGGGAAAGGGGCCAGCCAGUGUUUCUGCCAAGAGGACGGCGGGUUCUACGGGGGAGACGAAGCUGCCGCGGGCUGGUGCGAUUGCUACGGUGCCGAAUCCUGCGUCGUUGGGUAGACCUGGGGCUAGAUUGGGUGCUUAUAAAAGGCCGCUUUGGGAGGGUGCUCCGCUCGCGCAGAAUACGGCUUCUACUGCUGAGCCUAUUCCGCGGCAUGAUCCGAAGCAGCCCGGCGCUUUGGUGAUGAAGCGGCCGGCGUCUGCGCCCAAGGGGAAGCAGAUUGUUGAUGUCGUGGUGGAUCCUAUUCUCGUCAAGCAUUUGCGGCCGCAUCAGCGGGAGGGCGUUCAGUUCCUCUACGAGUGUGUGAUGGGGUUGCGGCCGUUUAAUGGUGAGGGGGCUAUCCUGGCGGAUGAUAUGGGGCUGGGGAAGACCCUGCAGACUAUCGCGCUGCUGUGGACUCUUCUCAAGCAGAACCCUAUCUAUGAAAGUGGCCCCGUCGUGAAGAAGGCGCUCAUCGUCUGCCCUGUGACGCUCAUCAACAACUGGCGGAAGGAGUUCAAGAAGUGGCUCGGAAACGAGCGGAUAGGAGUCUUUGUGUACGAUGACAACAGAAAACGCAUCACGGACUUCACGAUGGGAAAGGCAUAUAAUGUCAUGAUUGUGGGCUAUGAGAAGUUGAGGACGCUGCAAGAGAACUUGACCAGAGGCGCUGGGGUCGAUAUUAUCAUUGCCGACGAAGGCCAUCGGCUGAAAACGCUGCAGAAUAAGAGCGGUAUGGCAAUCCAGUCGCUGAAUGCCAACAAACGGGUCAUUCUCUCUGGCACGCCAAUCCAGAAUGAUCUGAGGGAGUUCUUCGCCGCCGUUGAGCUGGUCAAUCCCGGCGUGUUGGGGACUUUCAAGGCGUUUGUUCGGGAGUUUGAGGGGCCGAUUGUGAGAAGCAGACAGCCAGAGGCAACCCGGAAGGACAUUGAAAAGGGCGAGUCGAGGAACGAAGAGCUGCGAGAGCUCACCUCCAAGUUCAUGCUGCGCAGGACAGCGGAGAUUUUGGCAGAGUACCUUCCCCCGAAGUCGGAGUAUGUCUUGUUCUGCACUCCGACGUCAACCCAGGCAAACAUCUACCGGCAUGUGCUUGCGUCUCCGGUGUUCCAGUAUGCCAUUGGAAACUCGGAGAACGCUCUCCAGCUCAUCACUAUUCUCAAGAAGCUCUGCAACAGCCCGUCCCUUCUGACUCCCAAAAGUGCAACCGAGGCGCCCAGCGAGACGAUCUCCGCACUCCUAUCUUCCCUUCCCCCAAAUCUACUCCGCCACUUCUCUCCCUCCGCCAGUGCCAAAAUCCGUGUCCUGGACCAGUUUCUCUACAACCUACGCAACACGACCUCAGAAAAGGUCGUUCUCGUCUCAAACUACACAUCCACCCUCAACCUCCUCGCCACCCUCCUCACCGCUCUCUCCCUCCCCUUCCUCCGCCUCGACGGCUCCACCCCAGCCCAGAAACGGCAAUCCCUCGUCGAGGAUUUCAACCGCCACCCACCCGACCUCUGCUUCGCCUUCCUCCUCUCCGCCAAAGCAGGCGGCACAGGUCUAAACCUGAUCGGCGCCAGCCGCCUCGUCCUCUUCGACGUCGACUGGAACCCAGCGACCGACAUCCAAGCCAUGGCGCGUAUCCACCGCGACGGCCAGAAACGCCACUGCCGCAUCUACCGUAUCCUACUCAAAGGCAGCCUCGAAGAGAAGAUCUGGCAGCGCCAGGUCACCAAGCUGGGUCUUGCGGACAGCGUCAUGGAGAAGAAGAAUACUGCAGCGCAGUUUUCCCGCAACGAGCUGAAGGAUCUCUUCCGACUGGAUCAGGAAAGCCGGUGCCAGACUCACGAACUCCUUGGGUGCGAGUGCAAUGGCACCGGCCGUGUUGGCCUCCCGCCUAGCGAUGGUCCCUUAUCAGACGAUAAGAAAGACGACGACGACGAAGAUGAAGAAGAGGACUUCCCUGACCUCCCCACCCUCAUCAAAGCCUCCCAGGUAGACAUGGACCAGCAAGAAAAACAAAUCCGAUCCCGACAACGAGGGCGCCGUUCUCGGCAGAUAACAACAAUAUCUUCUUCCAGCGACAACGAAGAAACAGAAGACGGGCAGCUCCAAAACAUGCACCAGUCUCUCGCGCAGUACGCGCAUAUCGAUCCCUGUCUACUCUCUGGUAAUGAGGGAGAGAGUAUCCAGCAGAGUAUCGAUGAUGAUGUGCUGCUUUCUGUGCUCAGGGAUGAGGAUAAUCGUGUUGGGUACAUCUUUAAGAAGACUAGUGCGGGAGAGGCGAAGGUUGAUGCGUGA